UACACGUUAAAUUAAAUAAACAACGAAAUUGAAAGUAUUAUUAGUAUAUCAGUAACUUUAUUCGAAGGAUAUUUAUGUAUUGUUACCAAAAAAUAUUUACUGUAAAUAUUUGGGCGUUGACAGUUAACCAAUAAUUGUAAUUAAUAUUCAGAACGUGAAUUUACGAAUGUUGAUUUUGUGAAAAACUGCAUCAAAUUUCUAAAUAAAUAAAAGAUGCUUUAGAAUACAACAUCAUGGAGGAGUCGAAUAACGAAACAUUGGAUCUUUCGAGGCGUGGGUUGAAGAAAAUAGAGAAAGCGCCAAUCGAGGAUGGGAAAACUAUAAUAAACUUAAUCCUGGACCAGAAUGAGCUGCAACGGCUGGACAACCUGGACACGUACAAUCGCGUCGAAAACCUAUCAAUAUGCAACAACUUCCUGCUGCGAAUGCACAGUGUGUCUCGCCUCACCAACAUCCGCAUCCUGGCCCUCAACAACAAUGGCAUCCUGCAGAUCGAGGGGCUCAAAGACUUGAUAUACUUGAAAGUUCUCAAGUUGGCUGGAAACAACAUAAAAUCGAUAGAGCACCUCAACCACAACAUGCAUCUAGAACAUCUAGAUUUAUCCAACAACCAGAUAUCCUUCAUUGCUGAUAUCAGCUAUUUGAAGAGCUUAAAGCACUUGGCCCUGGAGCGCAACCGCAUAAUCGACCUCCGGCAAUGCGACCGCUACCUCCCGCCCAGUCUGGAGCACCUAGGGCUCGCGCACAACAACAUACAGGACCUGAACGAGGUGUCCCAUCUGGUGCAUCUCAGCAAGCUGGACAGUUUCACGGUGCAGGGGAACCCUUGCGUGGCGAUGGCGGGGAAGGAUAAGUUAGGGUUCGACUAUCGCCCAUUUGUCCUAAACUGGAUCCUAAAUGUAAAGUCCAUCGAUGGAUUCGUCGUCAGUGCAAUUGAAAGUUUAAAAGCAGAGUGGCUGUACAGCCAAGGCAAAGGUCGCCAUUAUCACUCCGGGCAACACCAGGAGCUAUGCGAGUACCUAGCGUCCACUUGCCCGUUGACAGCCGACGCGUUAGACACUGAGGACCAAAGGAAACUGCGACUCAUAUUGAGCAAGGCUCAGCAUCAUCAGCAACAGCUCAAGGACCAAAACCACAGCCCAAUAAAGCCCAAGUUACAAUCCCCGAGAAUGCAAUCUCGAAUGACGCCCCGGCACAUGGGCCGUUCCCCUGACCGCCUCACAUCGAGUUACCAUUCAGCGUUGACCAAAACGAGUUUGCCACAUUCCAUGUCCACGUCAUACACGGAGAUUCCGGCCGCUAUGAGCCAGAGCUUUGACUCCCCUGGCCUUUAUGAGAAGACUAAGGAAGAUAAAGAAAAAGAACUACCCACAAAACCAGUGAACCAAUCCCUCGAGGCCGCCUCAAAAAUGGUGCCCGUCCCGGAAUCCCUCAUGAGCCCCGACUACCAAGACCCGAUCUACGACAUACAACGCUCCAUACCCAAACCAAACUUACCAUCGAACACUUCAACGCCAUCUAGCAACAACAGUGCAACAACUAACAACAGUGUUCAUGAAGAUAAGCCUCAUAGGCCAAACACAUCAACGACAUCUAGUAACAACAGCGUACACGAAGACAGACCGCAUAGACAGAUAACGCAGCCGAAAGUUAUAAACAACAGUUUGAAAAGUUCGCCGAAGCUGCCGAAAAGUGCGACGUCUUCGCCGAAAAUGAAAGCUAAAAUGGAGCAGAGGAAAGGGAGUUUGAAACUGGAGAAUAAGGAGGAGGUUAAUGGGGUGGCUAAAGAUGAGAUUGAUCAGGAUAAAAUGGAAAUAAUAAAGCUAGCGUCAAAUCAAAGAAGGCAAAAGAAGAUGAGCGCAGAAUCCAUGGCAGCAGUUACCAUACAGAAGAUGUGGCGAGGGUACAGAAGUAGAAACCUAAAUAAGGAUACAUUAAGGAUUCUACAUGCAAUACAGGCGGCGAGAGCGAGGCAGCAUAUACAAAGGCUGACCUGUGACAUGGAAGCCACGAAAGCAGCGUUAGACAGCGAGCGGAAAAUACAACAACUGCAGAUGCAAGCCAUCAACGCGCUGUGGAAGAAGGUCUCCACGCUGCAGAACACGGAGUGCAGCAAACCGGACAACACGGAGUGCAGCAAACCGGACGUGCUGCGCCAGCUCAGCGAGACAUGCUGCAGCUUGCAGCAACAGGUGGUGGAGCUACAGGGGUGUAUGCAGCAAGUGUUACGAUGCGUUUUGCCGCCAGCCGCCGCGCCGGCUGCCACACAAACAGACAUUGUUGCCGUACAUUCGCCACAGGAGGAGCGGUGUACGUGGCUAAAGCGGCCGCAGUCGCUCUCGCUCGCCGCCGCCUCCGCGCCCGCUUCCGCCCUCGCUCCUGCUGAAACGGAACAACAAACUAGCAAAGUAAAACCCCAAAACGUCGAGCACACAGACACACUCACACAAGAACCGGAACAGACAGACAAACACGAAACGAGAGAAAAGGAGCUCAUCGUGGACUGA